CACAAAGGUGCUCACUCCUGAAGUCAGUGGAGCUGGGCUAGGGUUUUACUGGUUUCAGCCCGUUCUUACUAGAAAACACAAAAAAGGGCGGGAGACGGGAGCAUAGACCCUAAUUUUAAACGAAACCCCUUUCUUUCAAGCAAUUCAUCGAACACUUUGAUUGCAAAGGAGACAAUGUCAUCAAUCGGGGUCCGACACCUCACUAUUCUUGGAGAGUUCAAGCCAUUCGGUCUUAUCGCUGAAGCUCUCGACGGAAAACCUGCCGACGAGGUCACUGACGAGUAUGAAUACUUCCUAUUUGAUCCAGAAGCUACUAGACAACAAGACGAAGCCGAGUCAGCUGACAACGAAGCGUCGUCUUCAUUGAGUGAUCGAAGCGAUCACGAGCUAUUCAUUAGAGGAAAUCGGAUAAUAUGGACAGUAGGAGCAAGAGUGUACAAGAGAUUCACCUUACCGGGGCCAGUUAUUAUGGCCUGCUGGUGUCGUAUGGGAGAUCUGUCUGAAGCUCGUCUUUGUGUUCUACAUGUGGAUAGCUUGACAGUCUAUAGCACAUCAGGUGAUGCGGUAUCUAUUCCUCUUCCUCGUGCUGUUGCAUCAAUAUGGCCUCUUCCAUCUGGUCUACUUCUCCAACAGACAAAUGAAUCAAAUUCAUCAACACAUUCUCUUUUUUCAUCUUCAAGUCCAUUACUAACUGCCCUUGAUAUACCUCGCUCAAAAAAAGAUAUGGGUUACAGUCCUCAACAAACUUUUAAUUUAAGAAGUUCAUGGGAUCAUAUGAUUAAGGUAGAUAGAGCUUCCAUGUCUUCACAUCUGAUUUUAAAGGAUCCGCUGGAAGAACCACAGCCAAUCCAUAUUGAGGAAAGAGGGAAGUUAAACACCAUGAAGGAAUAUGAUGAGAAGACAAUAUGGACUAGUGAUCUUAUUCCGCUUAUGGCAUCGUAUCAUAAAGGAAAGAUGCAACAUUCGCUAUGGACUGCAGAAGUUAUGAAUUCCAACCUUGAAGCUGUGGAUUCUGUACUUCCUGAUGUAAUGUUAUCUAAGAAGUUCUUUUUUCGAAGAAUAUGGCAAGGGAAAGGUGCACAAACAGCUGCAAGUGAGGUUUUUUUGGCAACAGAUAAUGAUGCCACUCCCAUUAUUUGUUUCCUUCUUCAAGAACAAAAGAAGUUAUUAGCGGUGAGGCUUCAGUGCGUUGAACUCAACAGUGAGAUCCUUUAUGAUAUUAGACCCGACAUGAGCUGGAGCAUACCAGCUAUUGCAGCAGCACCUGUUGUUGUAACUCGCCCAAGAGUUAAAGUUGGACAGCUGCCCUAUCGAGAUAUCAUUGUUUUGGCUCCUGAAAACACUCUUGUACUUUAUUCAGGGAAGCAAUGCUUGUGUAGAUAUGUCCUUCCUUCUUUUCAAGACCAUGGUGGUGUUUCACACAAUGUCAAGCCACUGGAAGCACCAACUGCUUUCCAAGAUGUAAAAGUUGUUGGAUUGGCUGAUGCUGUUGAAGGGAGAAUCAAUGUCAUUGUAAAUAAUGGGCAGAUGCUCAGAUGUACAUUUCGUAGAUACCCUUCAUCAUCAUUGGCAAAUGAUUGCAUCACAGCAAUGGCCGAGGGACUUGAAGCUAAUUUAUAUAAUCAUUUUGUGGGUCUUCUUUGGGGCAAUGGUGAUUCAGCUUAUCUAUCUAAGGUGGAUUCUCCUGUUGAUACCGAAUGGGAGUCUUUCUGCGCUAUCAUAUUAGACAUUUUUGGGAAAGAUAGAAAAAAUCCUCAGAUACAUUCAGCUUCAUCAUGGGAGUUUCUUGUCAACAGCAGCUUUCACGAGAAAUAUUCCAAAUCUCAUUUCAUGAGUGGAUUUUCUCGUAGAAUAUCACUUCAAAGUGAUCAAUCAUGUACUGCUUCUCAACACCUGGAUACUUCCCACACAGUUGAAUCUUUAUUAGAGAUUCUUGAUUUACUACAUGCAGUGUAUGAAAGUCUGAAACUUAAUCAUCUUCGAAAAAGGGAUCUAGGGCUUCUUGUUGCUCUGUUAUGUGAAGUUUCAAAGUUUUUGGGGAAAUCCGGUUACCUGGACUAUUAUAUACGCGACUUUCCUACUCUUUCAAGAAAGUACUCUUUUCACCAAACUUCACUAUCUCAAAGAACUCCUCCCAGUUUGUUUAGGUGGCUAGAGAACUGCUUGCGACAUGGUUGUACAUCCACCAGCAGUGCUGAUCUUCCAGAUCUGAUGCGUAAAGAUGGAAGUUCUGUUGUGAGUUGGGCCAGGAAGAUAGUUUCAUUUUAUAGCGUGUUAUGUGGUGGAAAAAUUGAAGGGAACAAACUGUCAUCUGAUGUUUAUUGUAAGUUUGCUACUGGAUCAGCUUCUUCUCCCGAGGAACUAACUGUACUGGCAAUGGUUGGAGAAAGAUUUGGAUUGCAACAACUAGACUUGCUGCCUGCUGGUGUAUCGCUUCCCUUGAGACAUGUACUGGACAAGUGUCGGGAAAGUCCACCUACUGAUUGGCCUGCUUCUGCUUAUGUUCUUCUUGGGAGGGAAGACCUCUCUUUGUCUUGUUUAGCACACUCGAAUAAGUUCACAGAAAUUAAUUCCUCCAACAAUGUGACUUCUGUUUCCAUGUCUACACCUUACAUGCUUCAUCUACGUCCAGUUACCAUUCCUUCUUCAAUUAGUGAUGCAACUGGAUUGGAUAAUUCCAAACUUGAGGAUACAGAUUCUGUGGAUGGAUCUACAAUUGAUGGCAUGGAGCAUAUUUUCAACUCCAGCACACAGUUGCGGUAUGGUCGUGAUCUACGACUGAAUGAGGUUAGACGGCUUCUAUGCUCUGCAAAACCUGUGGCUAUUCAAACACCAGUUAACCCUACCGCAUCUGAUCAAGAUCUUCAACAGGCUCAGUUAUGGCAGCUUGCACAAAGGACAACUGCUCUUCCUGUUGGUCGUGGUGCAUUUACCCUUUCAACCACAUGUACUUUGUUGACAGAGGCGCUUCCUGUCCCUAAAUUGAUAUUAGCAGGUCGAUUGCCUGCCCAACAAAAUGCUACUGUUAACUUGGAUCCGAAUAUAAGGAAUAUACAAGAACUUAAAUCCUGGCCUGAGUUUCACAAUGCUGUAGCUGCUGGCCUACGGAUGGCACCUCUCCAGGGUAAAAUGUCAAGGACUUGGAUCGUCUACAACAAACCCGAGGAACCAAAUGUUACCCAUGCAGGUCUUUUACUUGCUCUGGGUUUGCAUGGUCACUUGGAUGUUCUGAAUAUAACUGAUAUAUAUCAGUAUUAUUCACAGGAACAUGAAAGCACUACAGCAGGACUAAUGCUUGGACUUGCUGCAUCUUAUAGAGGAACAAUGCAGCCGGCAAUAUCAAAGUCUCUAUAUGUACACAUUCCAGCUCGCCAUUCAUCUUCCUUUCCGGAACUGGAAUUACCAACCCUUCUUCAGUCAGCAGCGCUUGUCUCAGUUGGGCUUCUUUACGAAGGAUCUGCACACCCUCAAACAAUGCAAAUUCUUCUGGGUGAGAUAGGGCGUAGAAGUGGAGGAGAUAAUGUACUUGAAAGGGAAGGAUACGCUGUAUCUGCUGGAUUUUCCUUGGGUCUUGUUGCUUUGGGGCGUGGCCUAGAUGCGACUGGUUUCAUGGAUACAUUAGUUGGACGGUUGUUCCAGUAUGCGGGCAGCAAAGAGUUUCACCAUGAAAGAUCCCAUCUCUCCAACGGAUCAAUGGAUGACCACAAUCGUGGUUCUGGGCAGAUGAUGGAUGGAACCCAGAUCAAUAUAGAUGUAACUGCACCUGGAGCUAUAAUUGCUUUGGGCCUAAUGUACUUAAAGACUGAAUCGCAAGCGAUUCUAUCCAGGCUUUGUAUCCCACAAACACAUUUCGAAUUGCAAUAUGUGAGGCCCGACUUCAUAAUGCUCCGUGUCAUUUCGCGUAAUUUGAUAAUGUGGAGCAGGAUUCAUCCAUCAGAAGAUUGGAUUCAGGGUCAGAUACCCAAAGUUGUCUUGAAUGGCAUCAAAGGUCUCACAGAUGAGAUGGAAAUGGACAGUGAAGCAGUUGUUAAGGCGUAUGUGAAUAUUAUUGCUGGUGCAUGUAUUUCACUUGGGUUGAGAUUUGCUGGUACAAAAGACGGAAAUGCCCAGGACUUGCUUUAUAGUUAUGCUGUUGCCUUCCUCAAUGAGAUAAAGGCUCUACCUGUCAAAAUUCUGCCUGGAUUUCCAAGAGGAUUGUCUCAAUAUGUUGAUAGGGGUACAUUAGAGACAUGCCUACACCUCAUUGCUCUUUCCUUGUCUGUGGUUAUGGCUGGUUCCGGGCACCUGCAGACUUUUAGAUUGUUGAGAUUUCUACGGUGUAGAAAUUCAGCUGAUGGACAUGUCAACUAUGGUACUCAAAUGGCUGUGAGCUUAGCUAUUGGUUUCUUGUUCCUUGGUGGUGGAAUGAGGACUUUCUCAACUAGCAACAGCUCUAUUGCUGCAUUGUUGAUAACCCUUUAUCCACGCUUACCUACUGGACCAAAUGACAAUCGCUGUCACCUUCAGGCAUUUCGACACUUAUAUGUGAUUGCUACGGAAGCUCGUUGGGUUCAAACGGUUGACGUGGACUCAGGCCUACCUGUUUAUGCUCCUCUUGAAGUCACUGUCAAAGAAACCGAUCAUUAUGCAGAAACAAGUUUUUGUGAGGUCACUCCUUGCAUUCUGCCCGAGCGUGCUCUUUUAAAAACGGUUCGAGUUUGUGGUCCUCGUUACUGGCCUCAAGUAAUUGAGCUUAAUCCUGAAGAGAAACCUUGGUGGAAUGGUGGGGAGAAGAAGGAUCCAUUUAAUUCGGGCAUCCUGUAUAUCAAACGUAAAGUUGGAGCUUGUUCCUAUGUGGAUGACCCCAUAGGACGCCAGUCCCUGCUUUCAAGAGCAAUGCACAAGGUGUUUGGUUUGGGGAGCUUGAGAGGCUGUAGUAGCAGUAAUAAUGAUGAUGAUGAAGCUGCAGUAAGUGUUAAUCAGUUGGUGAGUACCUUCUCAUCGGAUCCAAGCUUGAUUGCUUUUGGUGCUCUCUGCUCUGAUCAUUCAUGGAACAUCAAAUCGGAUACUGAUUUCCAAGAGUUUUGCUUGCAAGUGCUGUUUGAGUGUGUGAGUAAAGACAGGCCAGCACUUUUACAGGUCUACUUGUCAUUGUACACAACCGUUGCAUCUAUGGCAGAUGAAGUUACAAGUGGCAUACCACCGCUUCUAAACGAUUCUCAGUUUCUCACCAGUUUGAAGCUUGCACUAGCGUACAAUGAUGCUCUGUUGAAGGGAAGAUUCAUGAGUUCAAGGGGUAGUAUUGUCCAAUCGACAUUUCUAGGUUCCCUUAACAAACGUGUACAAGAGCUUCUAGCACAUUCCCCAUGCUUAAGAAGCAACAUAAUACUCAAUGAUUACUUUAGAACAGGGAAAUGGUCACAGGAUGAUAACAUCUCAACACUUGUUUCAUGGUAUCUCCAGUGGUACAACGUGCCACCACCCUCACUAAUCCAAGCAGGUAUCAAGAAAUUAAAGUCCGUACAGACACAGACACAGACACAGACACAGACACAGACACAGACACAGACGCCCUCUACAAUUCCAUUAUUACGUUUAUUAUUUCCAGGUACCCAUAUCAAUGCCAUUAAUGAAAUCCAUAAAUUUAUGCUGUCUGAUAGAUGAUGAACCUAGCUACCUAAUUAUAAUAUGCAUGUUGUAUCAUUGUCACAUGGAACAUCUUAAUUUGAGCUGUC